AUGCGUGAGAGGGCGAACAAGAUUGAGACGCUAAAAAGACAACUUAAAACGUACGAGGAUCUGAAUCUCCACGUUACACCAGACGAAGAAAGCACAUAUCAAGAGCAGAGCAGCAACCUUUCAAUGAUUUCACCUGGGAAGCGGAGCGUUGGAGGCUGCUGCUCUACACAGCAAGAUAUACCGUCUGAAACAUCAAGCAAGGACCGCUAUUUACCAUUUCCAAAUGACCCUCAGUUCAGCUAUAUGCAAUCACAAGUCUGUCCAGCCCCAAAGGAACAACAGUCAACAAACACUCUCAGACCUAGUUCGCGACAACGGAUGGAAUUUGGGGCACCGACAGACAACCAAAGAAGUAUUGCAGAGCCCCCAACACCUGUUUCGAGCCUUCAACUGGAUAAAAUUUCCAAAUCAGAGGGAAUAUUGGCAUUGAAUUCAACCGGUCUCUCUCCGACGGCAUACGAGGACUUUGCUUUAGACAUGGCUGAACUAGCCAAUAAGUGUCUCAAGUCGACAUCACUAUUACAUAUGGCAGUGGCGGGGAAUCAUCUAGAUACGGUCAAAGUGUUAUUGCAGGAUGAAAGGGUCAUGAUUGAUGAAGAGGACAGCGAAGGCUUCACACCUUUGCAGCGGGCCGUUAUGCAUGGCAGAUCGGAGAUUGUUAAGCUACUACUUGAGUUUCGAGCUAAUCCGGGGCCUGUCAGAGGUGGUAAUCUACCUCUGGAAACUGAUGGCAGAUUCAGGACGAAUUUCUCAGGAUUAUGA